AUGAUCGAAUAUAGAUCAAAAGUGCCCACAACCUCGGCAGUUCCAUCGGAUUCUGAAGAAACAUCAUCUAUCACCGAAUGUCCUGGACGAUUUUCAACCUGGCGUUUACGAUGCGAUGCACGAAUCUCCAAAGAACGCCUACGACGUCAACUUCGUCGCAGUAAAACUCACGUAGAAGGCCAUGUUUGCUACCCUUGGCUCAGACGGUUAUUCUUCCACUUAUCUCAUUAUUUUCCAAACCUACAUACCACACGCAGCACAGCUCCGCGAACAAAGCUGCGGGGUGCAGCCAAUCCAGUUACUGCGACCAGCAGUGUCAUUCAGAGUACCACAACUUCCGCUAAAAGUCAGCCGCUGAACCCAAACGGUCGACGUGCAGAUUGUACAAUGCCUGUAAAACGUCCGAGUAUUGCACAUGUUCAGACAACCCGGCCAAGUGGUAAUCGCAGUCCUUACGAAGAACUCUCCCCGCAAAUAUCCCGUCACAGUGGAUAUGAGUCACGAAGGAAAAGUCUUUCACCAAAAUCACACGUGAAUGAAGAGAAAAUUCGUGUUACAUCGAAUCGCAAACGUCGACCACUGCAACGGCAAAAAAUCAGUGGUACCCUGGAUUUCGAUCAAUUUUUUGCGAAGUCAGAAGGUGUUUCACCAGAAAACAAGUAA